UAUCGCUAAGGACUACUGAAGUUUAAACUGUAUUCGUAAGUAAUAGUGAAAACUUUUAUCUUCGUCGGAAUAAAGGAAGCUUUUUUCAAUAUGCUUUAUUUUUUAUUAUUCAUUUCAUGGAUUGUCUCCGCACAGCUAACACCAAUCAGAGAAGAAAUAUUUGAUUCAAGCAAACAGCGCAGACAACAAUGGACAUUCUCACCACCAAAAGCUUGGAAGGAAACACAAAUGCAGCUUGGAAAGGACUAUACACACUCUGUCUACCAAGCUUGUAACCCAGAAUUGAAUACGGAUCACAAAACACUAUGGACCAACUGGAUCCCCAAACAAGAUGCCCAUGAACUUUUUCUGGACCUACGUUUUGCCCAAGCGGACCAGGAGCCUCUUUAUAUCUAUGUGCGAGAAUCAAGCCAAACGCAGAAUCAGUACUUUAGAAGACCACAAAGACCACCUCUUCUCAAGAUCACAGUCCAGCAUCCAUUUCCUGAUGCUGUUCCUCAGGAUGAGCACCUGAGCCAUGCCAAGGGCCUUAAAUUGGGAAAGAUCUCUCAGAAGGGUUUUUACCUGGGAUUUAGCUACAGCGGCAAGUGCACUUUCAUUGCUUCGAUCCAGGUGUUCUUCCUGAAAUGCCCAACACUCGUUUGGAACCAAAUGGAAUUUGAGGAAACAGCAGCAGGAGGGUUGGGGAGAGGAGUUUGUGUUAACGGUUCUGUGGAGAUCAGCACCCCAAUGAGGGAAUGUAAAGCAAAUGGGACGUGGGGUCCACCGCAGGGGUUAUGUGUCUGUGAUACAGGAUACCAGACAGACGGAAACCGUUCACAAGUAAGACCUCCAGGCACCCUGUUGUCCGCUUCUGACUCCGUAGCUGAUUCCAGCCUGGGACUCUCUCCUAUAAGACCUCCAGGCACCCUGUUGUCCGCUUCUGACUCCGUAGCUGAUUCCAGCCUGGGACUCUCUCCUGUCCUAACUGCUGGUCUAGUGUGUUCUGUUCUGGUUCUUCUCAUUCUCAUUGCUGUUGUGUUCAUCUUUGUAAGGCGUCACAAGCUCAGUGGAGGUCAAGAAACAGAGCUCUCAUCCAGAUCGGCUGUGACUCGAUAUCGACGUUCUCAAGAACAAGUAUACACUGCUCAACCGGAGCUAAUCAUCACUUGUAUGAUGAGCAGCUGUGAUCAGAGUGGUGAAUGUAGGCCUUGUCCAACACUUGGAGAGGAAGUGUCUCAGCGUGACUAUGGCUAUGAGCAGCUGCAUACUGACCGACCUCAGCUGGAAUCCACAAGAUCAGUUGAGGUGUUGGAAGGAAUGAGUGAUCGGCUGCUGUGUGAUCUUAGAGACGUGAUGGUGGAACGUACAAAGUUGACAAUGGGCCAAAAGCUUGGGAAAGGAGAAUUUGGGGCCGUCUAUGAGGGCUUAUUUUCCUCUCAGAAAGGACAAGAUAUCAGAGUGGCAGUGAAAACCUUGAAAGGUGCAGUCCACAGUAAAGAAGAUCUGGAGUCCUUCCUCAAGGAGGCAGAAGUUAUGAAGCAUUUUGAUCAUGUGAAUGUAGUUAAAUUGCUUGGGGUCGCACUAGAGCGGGUUCCGGAGUCCUCCAUCCAUGUACCGCUUGUUAUUCUUCCGUUCAUGGAGCAUGGAGAUCUACACAGCUUCCUCAAAGCGACCCGCUACGGUGAUGUUCCCAUGUUUGUGCCUUAUCAGAGUCUUCUGGGUUUCAUGAUUGACAUUGCUGCAGGAAUGGAGUAUCUCAGCCUUCAGGGUUUCUUACACAGAGACCUGGCUGCCCGUAAUUGCAUGUUGGGGGAUGAUCUGCAUGUCUGUGUGGCUGACUUUGGCCUGUCUAAGAACAUCUAUUCCAGUAACUACUAUAGGCAGACGAAUAUGGACGUUAACAUGCCUGUAAGGUGGAUGGCUAUAGAGAGUCUGUCUGACUUCUUAUACACCACCAAGAGUGAUGUGUGGUCUUUUGGAAUAACCAUGUGGGAGAUCACAUCCAGAGGGAAGAUGCCUUAUCCAGGUAUCUCUGGUCAUGAGCUCCUGGACUUCCUGGAAAAUGGACACCGUCUCAAACAAGGGGACAAUGACAGUAAAUUAUAUGAGCUUAUGUUGAGCUGCUGGCACAGAGAUCCCUCUCAGAGGCCAGGAUUUGGAGAGCUGGGCCAGAGCCUCAAAGCACUUCUGUCUGAGCUUCCACCCCUGGAGGCCAGCAAUGAGGCCCACUACAUCAACCUGGGUCUGGAGGCAGCCGGUGAUCACCAGGACAGCGCAGAGGCCCUGGAGCCUGAGGUGGAGAGGAUGAUGUAAACGACAUAUACCUGCCUGAACCAGUGGGCAGCUUUGUUCUUUUCUAGACCCGUGAGGGAAGAGAAGGAAAAGGAUGAGAAGGAAGACCUGCUGUGCAUUACAAUUUAAUAUGAGAAUGUAGUCCACAAUAUGCAUUUAUUAACACAUAUUUCAAGUAUUAUGGUGAGAUUACGGUUUCAGAAAUGACAUAAAAGUACACAUUGCUAGAAGUACAUAUGAGAAUUCAUAUUUAUCAAAACAUAUACUACAUAUUUCUCAAAACAUAUAAUAUUGUGAUUCAUAUUUUUAUUUUUCUACUUUUUUCUACA